AUUAUUCAUACAACGAAUAUGCCCUUUAACGUCACAACAGUUUGAACGGUUUUUGUAAACAUUUAUGAAAAAUUAAGAAUAUUGUAAAUAAAAAGACAUGAAUGCGCCCGGUACCGACCCAAAAGUAAAGAAGAUAUUCGUAAGAAACUGCGAAAAGAAAAUUACUUCCAAGACUCGUAAAGAAGUAAUACGAGAUGUUGAUCAAAAAUCAACGGAUCCCGGCGAAGAGGAUUCUUCAAGAAUUUCCCAUAAAAAUAAUGUACUGAGUGAGCCUACAUUGUGUUCAAGCGUAACUUUGGCUAAUUAUUUGGCUGAUGUGAAGAGGUCGUUACCACCAUUGCAAUCUAAUGAUGAUUUGAGCGUUGACACAGGAGAGUUAUGCAGUAAGAUGACAAAGAAACUAAACUUUCAUGUCAAUAACAAAAUGUACAAAAACUUAAUAGAAUUAAACGCGAGCAUCGAAGAAACCAAAAUCAGAAAGGACAAGAGACCAACAAGCACAGCAGGGUCAGCUAAAAGAGAUCUUGAGCCUGACAUAGAAGACUUCUGCAAUGAUGAGAAAGAAACAGACUUACCGCCAAAAAUAACAAUAGUAAAACCAAAAUUUAAACCAAUCAAGAGUGUUGAAGAUGGGCACCUGCAUAAAUUAGUUGCAUCAUUUGAACUUUUAUGACAAAACAAUUUCAUUUAAAUAAAUAUAAAAUAUUUG